UGUGAAUCCACAGAAAAUCUUCAAGAUCUAGAGAAAUCUCGUAAGAAUUUUUAUAUGAUGUAUCUUUUAUCAAUUAUUAGUUAUUUGACAAACAAACUAAACUUGAUAAGCAAGACGAAAGAGAAAUCCAUCCUGUAAUUAGGGUUUUAACAUAGUCUAUUUGCUUGACCUAAACAGAGACAAUGUCGAAGAAGAUUUGUUCAACUAUCAGCGAGUUACCUGAAGAUUUGCUCUUGAAGAUAUUGUCAUUCCUUUCAACGAAACAUGCUGUGGUGACGAGUCUUUUGUCCAAACAAUGGAAAUUUCUCUGGACAAAGAUGCCGAGACUCGUGUACGAUGUUUGUGAUCACAAGGAUCAUACUAGCUUUGAACAAUUUAUUGACAAGUCACUGUUUUUACAUCCACAUCAUGUUCUAGAAAGCCUUUAUUUCAGAUUAAAUUCAAUGGUGAAGAUUGGACCAUGGAUUAGUAGAGUCUUUCAUUAUCAUCAUUGCUACCUUCGUGAGCUCCAGAUAGAUGCUGGUGCUGCAUAUACCCCAAUACCUCAUGAAUUGUUUACUUGCAAGACACUUGUUGUCUUGAAACUCCAAGGUGAAUCGAUAAAAGUGGAAGGCCUUACAACAGUCUGUCUCCCAUCCUUAAAAACUCUGCACACUGACCAUUCGAUUAUAUUCUCGUCUGUACCCCUUAAAUUGCUUCUAUCCAAUUGCAAUUUUCUUACUGACCUUAAGAUCAUAUGGAUAUCAGGAGUGUGUUUAUUCGAGUUCGAUGUUUCUUGGUGCAAAAAGCUUGUGGCCUUGAAACUCGAAGGUUUGAUGGAUGUGAUCAGUUUAUCUUCUUCUUCCGCGGUCUGUCUCCCGUUCCUCAAUACUCUGCAUGUUACUCACAUUUGGAAGUUGAACAAUGAUUUCUUCUGUCGACUUUUAUCCAACUGUCCUCUUCUUUCCGACCUAACAUUGGAAGAAAAAACCAGCAAUGUUAUGCUCGAUUUGAACAUCGUCUUGCCUAGCUUACAAAGAUUGUCGAUUAUCACAAAAUUCAAUAGUUCCACACACUUGUGUAGUUUACUUGAAAAUUGCAUUGGAAAGCUUGCGAUUAUCGCACCUUCUUUCAAGUACUUCACCAUUCAAGAGGACAUGUCGUUGUCUAUUUUAAUCCCCUUUUAUGUGAGGGUUAGACUCGGAGAUCCAUCAAAACUAGAAUAUACAAGUGUCUUCGAUCGAAUUGUACAUCUGGAGCAGAGCAUAUGUGAUGAAAUAUCUCAGAGAACGCUUGUAGAUUUGCUCCAACGUUUCACUAAAUUGGUGGUUCUCAAGCUUGAGAAUGUAUACAGACUAACUCUUUAUGUAUAUCGCUGGGACAUGCCGAGUUUUGUUCCUGAAUGUUUGUUGUCCAGCCUUGAAGCUUUAGAGUGGAGACGAUACACAGGGAAAGACAGAGAUAAGGGUCUUAUGAGUUAUCUCCUGAGUCAUGCGCUAUGUUUGAAAACGGUGAAAAUCUUCUCUGACGUGGAAAAUAAGCAACAGAUUGUGGAGGAUUUAGCUUCUAUGCCAAGAGGUUCCAAGUCAUGUCGACUUGUGUUCAAGUAACUGAGAUUGCUAAUAUUUGGAUGAUCUAAAGUUUUAACUCUUGAUUCAUUUAGCUAACUGAGACAGGACAUGUUAGCUUUGUUUUUUUUUUUUUGUCAAAAGAUUUAGUGUAGUCUCUCUGUUUCACUAUUUAACAGAUGGUCAUUGCAUUCCACAAAA